GCGUGCCCUGCGCCCAGCGCUGCACGGGCUAGGCACGUGGCGGCCACUGAGCGCUGAGCGGGGCAAACCUCCCGGCGUUGCUGGGCGGGAGUUGCGGAAGUAGAGGAACCCUGCAACCCAUGCUGUCUGUUGACAUGGAAAACAAGGGAAAUGGCUCUGUCGGUGUGAAAAAUUCCAUGGAAAAUGGGAGGCCUCCAGAUCCUGCAGACUGGGCCGUGAUGGAUGUCGUCAAUUAUUUCCGAACAGCAGGAUUUGAGGAGCAAGCUAGUGCUUUUCAGGAACAGGAAAUUGAUGGAAAAUCUCUGCUCUUGAUGACGAGGAAUGAUGUGCUGACAGGACUUCAGUUAAAGUUGGGGCCUGCUCUCAAAAUCUAUGAGUAUCACGUGAAACCUCUGCAGACCAAGCAUUUGAAGAACAGCUCUUCAUAGUAAAGUCCAACUGAGGUCUCAGACCUCAGAAAAAUAAAAAAAUUAAAAAGAAAAAAAAACGAAAAUGAUGACGUAAUUUAGUUUCAUGCGAGAAACUUUGUAAACAGGAUACAUACAUGUGUAUAUGUAAAGAAUUUCCAUCCAACAAAACGUUAUCCUAUUGGAUAGACUAGGCAAUUCAUCGGCUGACCUGACUCAGUCAGCAGGAGCAGAGUCAGAACAUGCACAAGACGGCUUUCUUUCUGGUGUUUGUGAAAUGAGUGAUCUUUAACAUCUCACACUCUGACGUACCCUCCCGACAAGGGCUUUGAAAUCAUAAGAUUUUUCUUUGUUCGUACGGAUGGGUUGGAAUGAGCAUCUUUGGGUUACAUACUUAGAAAUGAGGAGAAACAACACUAUUUGGGGAGGGGAGAAAAGAGAGGGAUUGCUGUCCUCCGUGAAUGCCUCUGCUCCAUAGAACAUGUGUUACUUGGAUGGAAUUGCCAACACCCUUUUUAUAGAGGGUCCUCCACUUGACCUUAUUAAGGUUUUAUUGAGACAUGCUGCGGUGUUUGAAAUGAACAUGUACCCAGUCCCUUCAGGAGCAGAACUGUCACUCUGAAAAGAGAAACUUGUUUUGCCCUGGGGAUAUCCAUCCUAGUCAACUCACUGUCACAGGGGUGAUAUUUUCUGCUUACAGUGACUUGCUUACAUUGGUUCCUUGUUGCUAAAGAAAGCAGUUUGUUCCUGUUUUUGUUUACUUUAUGGUUGGUAUUUAUAAUAAUUUGUUUCUGAAGAGAUUUGCCAAGAGUUAAUAGAGCUCAAAGCCUUGUUACUAGUACAGAAUAUUUUUAUAUAUAUUCCUUCACGAUGCUGUAAUAUUUUUUUAAUUGUCAUGCGUACUUUGGUUCCUGGUUUGAGUGCUUGUCUUUGAGAUCUUGAAAAAGUGGGCUUGCUACAUCUCUGUUUAAAGAGAUGCGUGUUGAGCCGCUACGUGUCGAUGCCUUGUUGAAUUGGUGCUUUGUGGUUGCAAUAAAGCAUUGCUUCA